AGCCACCCUCGUUAACAAGUUUGAUAAUUUACCCGGCUCGUUCCUGCCGGAGGGAUCUGAACGCAGCGCGGCUCCUCCCGACCCCGCAACGCCGUUCGCAGCCCCACCGCCCCGCAUCGUAACCCCGCACCAUGCCGGCCCUGCGGCUCCUCGCCCUCGGGCUCCUCCUGGCUCUGGAGCCCGCGAGCUGCCAGGAAGCCAGGGGCAAACUUCAGCCUUGGUCACAAGGUGUCAUUGCUGUGGUGGUGUUUCUGGUGCUGGUGGCAAUCUGCUUCGUGGUCAACAGGUUCUGGUGCAAGAAGCAGCAGGAUAAUGUUGAGACAGUGGUGAGCAUCGGGGCCAAGGAUGAGGCUGUUGUGCCCAACGGACGUGAAGGGACAUACGUGACCUCUGCAGUGGACUUCAGGUCCAAGGAGAACAAGCACGCCUAUGAAAACACUUUGGAUCUAGAGGAGAAGGUGAUCACCACUGCCAUGUAGCACCAGCUGGUGGCGGGACCCUCUGCACUGACAUCCCCAUGCAUGGCAGCUCCUCUGUCCCAGGCCUUCAGACUUCUGUCCCUCUGUUAGACCCUAGGAGAGGUCUGGGGCUGUCACCUCCCCAAUCCUUUGGCCACCCCCCCACCUUUUCAGCUCAGCUGAUGUCCCCCACCCCCUGGACCAGGGGAUGCUGACCCACUCCAGAUGCUGCUGCAUGCAUGGGACCCCAUGUUCCCUCCCCAAAUCCUUUCCCCUCUGGGAAACUGCCAAUGGAGAACCCACUCUCAUGUCAACAUCUCAUCCUCCUUUUUAUGAACAAAGGCUCCAUGCCAUGCAUUUCAAACUCAGAACAAAUCUCCUCCCCUGUACAUAUCUUCUCUGCCAGCAAUAAAGAGAAUUGCUGUCCA